AAACCUCUAGAAUAUUACAGUAGGUUCCCGUUCAUUUCUCAGUGUAUUUAAAAGCGUGUACUUCUGCUGAAGAUCUUUCGAUUUAUCGUGACAUAACAAAUCACAUCUGCAUUACUUCACCUGUCAAUAUAAACCCUUCAGCUCGUGCUGGACGCGUGCACUUAUCAACAGGUGUGUGUUAAAAGUGUUGAAAGUGAUCUCUGCCUGUGACAGAGGGCAUACAGGCCCGUGGUCAUGCUGUGUUGGGGAAAUGCCUCAUACGGGCAGCUGGGUUUAGGUGGAAUUGAUGAGGAGAUUGUAGUGGAACCACGGAAAUGUGAGUUUUUCGAGGGCAAGCGUCUGCGAGAUGUGGGGUGUGGCAGACGUCACACUGUCUUUCUGAUGGAGGAUGGGACCGUCUGCACCUGUGGUUGCAAUGACCUGGGUCAGCUGGGUCAUGACAAAGCACAAAAGAAGCCAGAGCAGGUUGUUUCUCUGGACGCUCAGAACAUUGUGGCUGUAUGUUGUGGUGAAGCUCAUACUUUAGCUCUGAAUGAUAAAGGACAAGUGUUCGCGUGGGGUCUGGGUUCGGAUGGACAGCUUGGCCUUGCAAAUACAGAAGAGCGUGUCCGUGUACCCAGAACAGUAAAAAGUUUAUCAGAGGUGAGCAUUACUCAGGUGACCUGCGGUUACUGGCAUUCCCUUGCUUUAGCCAGAGGAGGUCAGGUGUUCUCCUGGGGCCAAAAUAAAUAUGGGCAGCUGGGGCUUGGAAAGCAGGGAGCUUGUGUCUCUUCUCCACAUCUCAUUCAGUCUUUACAGGGCGUUCCGAUUACUCAGAUUUCUGCCGGUGGAGCUCACAGUUUUGGACUGACUCUGUCCGGGGCCGUUUUCGGCUGGGGACGAAACAAGUUCGGCCAGCUUGGUCUCAGUGACAACAACGAUCGCUGUUUUCCUGCCUUGUUGAAGACUCUCAGGUCUCAAAGAGUGGUUUAUAUUUGCUGUGGAGAGGAUCACACGGCAGCUCUCACUAAGGAGGGAGGUGUGUUUACAUUUGGGGCUGGAGGUUACGGUCAGCUGGGACACAACAGCACAAACCAUGAGGUGAACCCUAGGAAGGUGUUUGAACUCAUGGGUAAUGUUGUUACACAGAUAGCUUGUGGAAGGCAACACACUUUGGCGUUCAUCCCUUCAUCAGGAAAGAUCGAUUCGUUUGGUCUCGGGGGGAACGGACAGCUUGGUACCCGCUCUACCUGUAACAGGAUAAGUCCUGCACCUGUGAAGGGCUGCUGGCGAGCCCAUUCUGACCCUGUGCCUAUGGAAGUGGAGACAGAACAGAGUUUUUGUGUGAAGAGGAUCUAUGCUGGAGGUGACCAGAGCUUUGCUCACUACACUUUACCUCAGGACAAUGAACCCCCGGUGGAUGUGAGAGUUACCAGCACUGGUGGACAGAUCUGUACUAUCACUGCUGAUCUUAUACAGAAAUGGCUCAGUCAUGGUCAUGGGAGACUCUCGCCAGAAAUCACUAAUGAGAUUGAUCUUGUGUUCUCUUCAGCGAGUUGUCUCAAUGGAAGUUUUUUGUCUAGCAGUAAUCCAGGUCAUUACAGCACUAACAGUAAGUGCUCAGGUGUGGAUAUAAACACAGCUCGACUGUUCUACCACAGACUCAUCCAGACCGAUUACCCACAUAUCUCACAAAUUAUUGCUGCUAGUUUAGAGAAGAACCUCCUGCCCAGGUUGAGCAGUUCUCCUCCAGACAUUGAGGCUUUGAGACUUUACCUCACACUGCCUGAAUGUCCUCUCCUCAGUAACCCCAGCAACUACACCACCAUCACCAUUCCCUUCGCCAAGGCUGUCAUCAGUCUGAAAGACGCUCCGCUCAAAGUACUCGGUAACUGGUGGUCUAGGUUGGAGCCGAUGGUCUUUCAGAGGCUGGUGGAGCUCUAUAAGGAGGUGGUGGUGUAUCUGCUACGCAUGCAGAAAUUGGGAAUCCCACACUCGGAGCAGAGGAUCUUCACCUGCUUUCUGCAUACCACACUUAAGUUUCUGGAGAUCCUUCACUCUGUCAAUGAGCGUGCCGGUCAAAUCAUUCAGUAUGACAAGUUUUAUAUUCAUGAACUGGACGAGCUCAUUGACAUCAGGAACGAUUAUGUCACCUGGAUUCAACAGCAGAUGUUCUCUGGAGUCAUGGACUCUCAGGUCACCCUGUGCAAAUACCCGUUUGUUUUUGACGCUCCUGCGAAGACGACACUGCUCCAGACCGAUGCUGUUAUCCAAAUGCAGAUGGCCGUCGAUCAGGCUCAAAGGCAGAACUUCAACUCUCUCUUUUUGUCGGGUGGAGGGGUGGAGUCGGUCAACCCUUGUCUGAUUCUCAUCGUACGGCGUGAGAAUGUGGUCGGAGACACUAUGGAGGUGCUGAGGAAGUCCAAAAAUGUUGAUUACAAGAAACCGCUCAAGGUGAUUUUUGUUGGAGAAGAAGCUGUAGAUGCCGGUGGUGUAAGAAAAGAGUUCUUCCUGCUCAUGAUGAAAGAGCUGUUGGACCCUAAAUACGGCAUGUUCAGAUACUACGAGGAUUCCAGACUCAUUUGGUUUGCUCAUAAGACGUUUGAAGACAUCGAUCUGUUUCAUCUGGUUGGUGUCAUUUGCGGACUGGCCAUCUAUAAUCUCACUAUAGUGGAACUGAACUUCCCUCUGGCACUUUAUAAGAAACUGCUGAAGAAAGAUCCCAGCCUAGAGGACCUGAAGGAGCUCAUGCCCGAUGUGGGAAGGAGCCUUCAACAGCUGCUGGAUUAUACAGAGGAUGAUUUAGAAGAAACAUUCUGUCUGAAUUUCACAGUCACAGAGGACAAUUUUGGAGCUACAGAAGUAUUAGAGCUGAUACCUAAUGGGAUAGACAUCAGUGUAAACAUGUCUAACAGGCAGGAGUUUGUCAACGCUUACGUCGAAUAUAUUUUCAACACUUCUGUGGCUCCCCAGUUCACUGCGUUCUACACUGGAUUUCACAAAGUGUGCGGUGGGAAAGUUCUGGAGCUUUUCCAGCCCAGUGAACUGCAGGCUAUGGUCAUAGGAAACACCAAUUAUGACUGGAAGGAGUUAGAGAUGUCCACAGAAUAUAAGGGGGAGUAUUGGGCGGAUCAUCCCACCAUCAAGAUAUUCUGGGAGGUGUUUCAUGAGUUGCCUUUGGAGAGGAAGAAACAGUUUCUAUUGUUCCUGACAGGCAGUGACCGAAUCCCCAUUCUGGGCAUGAAGAGUCUGGCAUUGGUCAUUCAGCCCACCGGAGGAGGCGAGCAGUAUUUCCCUGUAGCUCACACGUGCUUUAAUCUGCUGGACCUGCCCAAGUUCACUAGCAAGGAGACACUCAAAGAGAAACUGCUGCAGGCUAUUGAACACAACCAGGGCUUUAACCUAGUCUGAUGCAAGUCAGUGGCAAACGCAAACAGGUACCACAUACUUAAAACUGCAGGAGAUUUUGAAUCAUUCACAGCGUGACUGCUUUCUCAUAAAACAGGAAAGUUGCAUCAGAUUUCUGCUGCAUCUAAGGCUUUAACACAAUAAAAUGGACAUUAAUCAGAAAUAAAGACACUUAUAUCUGAGACUGCUUCCCAGAGAGCUUAAUAAAACAUGUAAAUAGUGUUUGUUUAUCAGUAUUUUGGUACUUACUCAAAGUUAGAUGACACUUGUGUGUUAAUUAAAAAAUUUUGAGGGCUUUAAAGUAGCAUUACAAAUCUCGAUCCCAUGCUUUGAUCCCAUGCAUUAUUUAACAUAUUUUAUGCUUGCAUGCAUUAUUUAACAUAUUUAAAAGUUUUUUUUCUAAACCAAUAAGCAUUCUAGGUUGUGCUAAACUGCUAAAUCUACUGAAUGUAAAUUUAAAGAAGCUGAAAGAUUUUUUAUGGUAAUGGGUGAAUGUUGUUACAUUAAAAUGAUGUGUAUCAGUGGAUCAUCUCUGUUAUGUUGCCUUAACUAAAAAGCAUAUCGAUUUAUUAUAUCUGUGUAAUUUCUUUUUGUAUAAUUUGCUGAAGAUUGAGUAAGUAUCAAAAGUAUCUGAUAACAAAAUAAAGACAGGGGUUUGAUGAUAAUAUGUAUUCAUUACAUUUUCAGUGGCAUGUUUAAGUCAUUCAGGUGUCAAGUGAAAGAUUGCAUGAUGAUAAAGGGGAAUAAAAUGCCACGCAUUGACUUCUGAUAGCAUUAUUGAUUCUGAAGUGUUCAUUUCAGAUGCUCCUGGCGCGAGACAUCAAACUGAAAAACUCCUGUUAUUCUUAAUAUCCUCUCAUCACACGCGUGGCUGCUUACAUCAUACAUGUAGACGUUUGCUGUACCAUUUUGUUUGUGUGUGAGAGUUUUGUGUAAAGCAAUGCUAUUAAAAAUGCUGGAUUUCCAGUGUUUGUAGAUUGUAAAUAAACACAAUAUUUGUAACACAA